UUGAAAGUCGCUGACCCCGGGUAGAUCAAUUGGCAGGGCAAAGAGCCGUAAUACUGGUAGAGCAGGCAUCGGUUCGCUAAUAUUCAUCGUUCUGGUCUUCUUCAGAACUACAUUCCUGUUUUGACGUGCCUUACACAAAAUCCCGUCCUAUGCCCCACUUACAUCAUUCCAGGUCUACUACUGGGAACGAAUGCCCUCACCGCUCUCCGAGCAGCGUUACGACACCGAUGAUCAAGAUGUAGGCGAGGCCGCUGAUUCCUCGUCGGGAGGAGGACCUGGUACUUCUCCAGGUGCAAGCAGCAAGGGUAACGCACACAUGUCGCCCGACAAGGAUGGAAAUGUUGUACCGGCAUCAAGGAGGCCGGCCCUUAGACCAAAUAUGUCUUCGCCAGUCCGUCGUCCGUCAUUUAUUGAUGAGGAAGAAGAGCCCAUAGUUCCACAUCCGGAGCCAUCCUCUCCCUCCGACGAUGGACCUUCAAAGAAAGCCGGUGCUGAUGCUCCCGUGACAUGGACAUCCCUCCCUAAGAAGGGGCAACUGGCCAUCCUAACCAUCGCACGCUUAUCGGAGCCUCUGACCGAACGAUCCCUGGCAGCAUACAUGUUCUACCAACUACGAUUUUUUGAUUCAAGUCUCCCGGACAGCACCAUUACCAGCCAGGGAGGGAUGCUGACGGCGUCCUUCGCAGCUGCUCAAUUCCUCACGGCCGUCUGGUGGGGUCGAGCAGCCGACACACCAUGGAUAGGCCGCAAAAGAGUUUUGCUGGUUGGUCUGUUUGGGACUUGCAUCAGUUGUAUUGGAGUGGGGUUCUCGACCUCUUUUGCUCAAGCGCUGUUCUUUCGCGCUUGUGCCGGUUGUUUGAAUGGAAACGUGGGGGUCAUGAGGACCAUGAUUAGCGAGAUUAUCAAGGAGAAGAAGUACCAGUCUCGUGCUUUUCUUCUCCUGCCAAUGUGCUUCAAUAUAGGCGUCGUCAUCGGUCCCAUUCUCGGAGGGUUCCUGGCAGACCCCAUCGACUCCUUCCCUGGGAUCUUCGGUCCUGGAUCUCUAAUCGGCGGCAAAGACGGGGUCCGGUGGAUGAAGGCCUUUCCAUAUGCGUUGCCAAACGUGGUCAGCGCAUGUUUUAUUCUUACAUCCGCGCUCUGUGUUGUGCUUGGUCUGGAUGAAACACAUCCAGCACUGCGAAACAGACCGGACUACGGCCGGAGACUGGGAAGAUAUUUGGUUCGGCUUGUUUUCCGCCGGAGGACGGACGUCGCCGGUUAUCAGUACGAAUAUACUCGGCUCGAUAACAACGACCAACUUGAAGAUCAGGUCGAGAUGCAAGCCAUUACUACUGACGAAGCACGAGGAUCGGCUCCUGGUUCGUCAUCAUCAAGAGUACCGCAGGGAGGCAAUCCACCUGCAGAAACUAAUAGUAGCGGAAUCACUGUCGGCACCACAUCGAAACCUCCAGCGAAUACGAACAGCAAGACAUCGCCAUUCCGCCAAAUCUUCACUAAAAACGUCCUCCUCACCCUCCUCACCCACCAUCUCCUCGCACUCCACGUCAGCGCAUUCAACGCCCUAAUCUUUUUGUUUUUACCCGCCCCCCGCUCGUCAAACUCUCAUGCCAAACUCCCAUUCCGCUUCUCCGGCGGUUUGGGACUAUCAUCCGACCGCGUGGGAUUGGCGACAGCCAUCAUCGGCGUGCUUGGGUUUCCACUCCAGAUUCUGCUAUAUCCCUCCCUCAACGCGAAACUAGGCACACUCUCGAGUUACCGGUUCUUUUUGCCGUUUUCCGUGGUCGCGUACACGGCCAUCCCAUAUCUGGCCCUCAUACCUAAUAAACCACUGUUGGUUUGGCCGGCCCUGACGGUGGUCCUGGCAUGUCAGGUCCUCUCGCGCACUUUUGCCCUGCCAUCGGCUACUAUCCUGGUGAACAACUGUACGCCGCAUCCGAGUGUGUUGGGGACCAUUCAUGGUGUCGCGCAGAGUGUUUCCUCUGCCGCGAGGACCGUCGGUCCAACUCUGGGCGGGUAUCUGUUAGGUGUGGGUUUGGCGAAGGACUGUGUCGGUGCCGUUUGGUGGGGGGUUGCGGUCGUUGCCGUAUGUAAUUGGUGUUUGUUGUGGGUUAUUUACGAAGGUGGUGGCAAUGGCAUUGAUAAAUGAGUGAGUGAUAUGGGAAGGAGGUGAUGGGAUGCGAGAGGAUAUCCGUAUGAGUGGGAGUGGAGUGGUAUUGGUGGUGGUGGUGGUGGUGGUGGUACUGCUGUAGGUACUGCAGUGAGGACCGGAAUGAUGAAUAAUGAAUGGUGAAUAAUGAAUGGUGAAUAAUGAAUGGUGAAUAAUGGGAUGAUCGAUGAUGGUUUGGUAGUACGGGAGAACAAGAGCUGAGAGCCCAAACCGAAGCUGGUGCCGCAGGGCGCACUUGGGGCUGAACAGAAACAGGACACGAACACGAAAUGGAUUAGAAAAAGGAACAACUUGAACGACAACAGGGACACGAUCAUGAGCAGGAGUCGGACUAGAAACAGAGCCACGGACAGACAGGAACAAGAACAAGAACAGGUGUAGAAGCAGGAUAAAUAAUACCGAACUUGAACAAGGACAGGAAAAUAGUCUAUGCUUGAGCACAGGCCGAGGGCUCUGCUCUUAUUAUUAUUUUAAGCCUCUAUUUAUUCCGACGUGCGAUAAAGGCAGAACAGAGUCAGAACACUUAAUGGAGGACGACUGAUUGAUUGAGAUUGAUUGAUUGAUUGAAAAAGUG